AUGCGCGACGGCCUCCGCGUACUGCCUGCGGAGCUAGAGCUGAGCACGGCAGAACUGCCAUGGCUCGUGGGCAACGCAGCGACAGCGUGUCAGAAAUCAAGAUUCACAGUCUGGCUCCGGAUCAUGGAGCGCGCGAAGGGCCUCCACGCCCUCCUCUUCAACACCUUCCCCGGUGAGGUUGCCGGCCACGACGACUCUGGCAGCGAGCACCUUCACGCGUCAACGGCUCUGCAAGUCGGACCACGGCCAACGGACGGCGGCUCCGGUUGCGGCACGAAAGGCGAUCUCCUGCGUGACUCGCCUAGCAUGUGGCAAGCGGACGAGACCUGCAUCGAGUGGCUCGACCAGCAGCGUGAGAGGUCAGUGAAAAACGUCUCGUUAGGAAGCUGGGUCCCGUCGAUCGGGCGAGACGCCAUCAACGAGCUCGCGCUCGGCCUGGAGUCCACCGGGCGGCCGUUCCUGUGGGCGCUAAAGGACGAGCCGUUGUGGCGACGAGAAGGCCUCCCCGGCCAGUACGCCGCGGCGGUCGCGGGCCGUGGCAAGAUCGCCGGCUGGGCGCCGCAGGAGGACGUCCUCCGGCACGAGGCUGUCGGGUGCUACCUGACGCACUGCGGGUGGAACUCGACGCUGGAGACCAUACAGCACGGGGUGCGUCUGCUGUGCUACCCUGUUUCCGGUGAUCAGUUCAUCAACUGCGCUUACAUUGUCAAGAUGUGGGGGACGGGGAUCAGGCUUUGGAGCCCCAAGAGAGGUGUUGUGGAAGAUUGUGUCAGGAGGGUCAUGGAAGGGGAGGAGGGAAGGCGUAUGCAGAAGAGGGUGGAUGAGUUGAGACGGAGAGUCACGAUGGGUGAGGCGACACGUGCAGCAAAGAGAAACCUUGACUCUUUUGUUGCUGGAAUCAUGAGCGACGACCUUGUAUUAGGGCAAUUGUAG